CUGCUGUCAGUCAGCAAAGCCCCGCCAUUGGCUGUACAGAUCACACGAAAGGGGAGGGAAAAGGAGGACACGUCCAGGGAAGGAGCUGUGGCUGUUAGACAAGGAGGAAUAGAAACUACGCAGACAUAUCUGAAUUUCAGUCUGCUGUAGUCGGACAGGUUUACUGCUCAACCAGCUGAAUGCUAAUUAUCCCGCACCGGAAGCAGCUGAUCUACGUGGUAGAUACGGCCAGCUUCUGCUCACAAAUGGAAAAGCAUAACAUGGAUCCUGGACCUUUAAUUCAGCAAUUCAAAAUGAUGAGCUGCAUCAGAAGAUCUGUCUAAUACUGGACAUGAUAAGUUAUUACUUUUUGGAGCAGAAUACCCAGAAGAGGACUGGCUUCAAUGGGGUAUAAUUUUGCUGUAUGUGCUAACAGAUGAAUUGAGAAAAAAAAAAGCACUGGGACAUAUGAAGUGUGGAGAUGAAACAUUUCAUUAAUUUUUCUAUUCCAAGAAAAAGACUGAACUCACCAGAAUAAAGAUGGUAUUCCGUUUGGAGCAUACAUUUAUUAUCGCUGCUACUUUCCUCCUGAACAUUGAACUGUGUUUUUGCGCUUGCGCCCGAGCUGAAUAUGAGAUUAAUGGAGAAUGUUGUCCCAUGUGUGCACCUGGAAGCCGUGUUUAUAGACACUGCACUGAAUUUGUUAGCACAACUUGUGUGCCAUGUGUUGAUUCGACUUUCACUUCUGAGCCCAAUGGUCUUCUAAAUUGCCGUAGCUGUGCAGUGUGUGAUCCUGAGCAGGGCUUAAGAGUAAAGACAGCCUGCACACGGACUUCAGAUACAGUUUGCGAGCCGCUGGAGGGAUUUUACUGUACUAAUGAUGACCAGGGCAGCUGUACACAAGCUGUGGAACACACGAAAUGCAGCCCUGGACAAUACAUAAAGCAGAAAGGGACAGCACAUAAAGAUGCCGAAUGUGCUGGAUGUAAAAAUGGUACCUACUCUGAUGGCUCACUUGAAAUCUGCAAACAACAUACACAGUGUGAAGAUUUGGAACUUACAGAAAUAAAACCAGGAACAACAAUGUCUGAUGUUGUGUGUGGAAAAAAAACUCAAGUGGCCCUAAUAGUUGGAAUCAUAGUUGGAAUCAUUGUUGUUGCUGUUGUUGUUGUUGUUGUGGCUGUAGCACUCAAGAAGUUUCUCAAAUUUAGACAAAAGAUUGGCCGAUGUACAGCUGGGACAGAAACAGGUGCAGACAUGGGAGAACUUGAAACACCCACCUCACAGACAGCAUUUCUGCAACCCUUGAAUGGAGCCUCCUCAUGUCCAGUUUAUCACCCAGAACAGAAGAUCAGGACAUAUUCACCUCUGUGCCAGGGUGAAUUCACUGUCAUCAGUGGGAAUCUAGAAAGCACAGUCAUAAUAAAGGUCGAAAAAUUAUAUGCCAAAGGCCUUCCUAUAGGGACUGUGAUGGACUUGGUGAAUGGACAUCUCAUCAGCACUUUCACGAUGAAUUCCAUUUUGAUGCAUAAUUUUAUUAUUGCUGCUAUUUUAUUCCUGAAUACUGAACUGUGUUUUUGUGCUUGUGCUCGAGCUGAAUACGAGAUAAAUGGAGAAUGCUGCCCCAUGUGUUCACCUGGAAGCCGUGUUUAUAGACAUUGCACUGAAUUCACCAGCACAACCUGUAUGCAGUGUGUUGACUCGACUUACACUGAUGAACCCAAUGGCCUUCCAAGUUGCAUUAGCUGUACGGUGUGUGAUGCUGGACAGGGAUUAAGAGUAAAAACAGCCUGCACACGGACUUCAGAUACAGUUUGCGAACCGCUGGAGGGAUUUUACUGCACUGAUGAAUACAGGGGCAGCUGUAUGUAUGCCGUGGAACACACAAAAUGCAGCCCUGGACAAUACAUAAAGCAGAAAGGUACAGCAGUUAAAGAUGCUGAAUGUGCAAUGUGUGCAGAGGGUACCUAUUCCAAUGGCUCCCUUCAAAGUUGUAAACCACAUUCAAAAUGUGAAGAUUUGGGACUUGAAGAAAUAACACCAGGAACAAAUUCUUUUGAUGCUGAAUGUGGAAGACAAACUCCAGUAGCCCUAAUAGCUGGAAUCCUAGUUGCAGUGGUGGUUAUACUUUUCGCUGUAGCUGGAGCAGUAAUUUUUAAAAUAAGACAUAAGAAAGGCCCACCUAGAGUCCCUACAUCAGCUAGAACUGCUGAGAAAAUGAGCCUUUCAAACAACCAGACACAAGAAAGAGAUACUCUAAAAUUGAGAAGAGGAGACAGAAUGGAUGUGUGUGCCUUUAAUCACUCUGGUCAUUUGGCUUCUCCAGUUGAAAAUGACUGUGGAAAACGAUGUUGUGACCCACAGGAGCAUGAGUUAAAACACACUGGAUCUGGUGUAACGUGAAUACGUGAGUUCAGGGAAGAGGAGGAUGUGCUGAUAUGGUAAAAGACAUUCAGGGCAAGUUUUCCUCAGUGCAGGAGUAUAUCCUCUUUCUUCUUUAAGGAAAGUAAGUGAAAAGAGGAGACAUAGCCAUAGGUUUGGGAUCAUUAAGUGACUAACGAGUAGCUCUUUCACAUCAUGAAAUUACAACCAGUGCAUAGUUAAGAUCUUAACAUGUGGGGAAAUAUAGACAAACGUUUUGACCUGUUUCAGUCACAUGACUUUUUUCUUGUAGAUGCCAUAUUUAUGACCAUAAUUUUUGACCAUCAGCAGGAAAGCAAUGCAUCUGAGAAGUGACGCUUGCAAAACUGUUGAUCAUUGGUUUUGAUUCGUACCAAGCCCCAGGAAACAUAUACGGAUCUGAUGUCAGCCCAGACAUUGCCAUUGCUAAAGCUAACAAUCGCACAUGUUUGAAUUUAAUCCACAGUCCAUCUUCGUACACCAGUGAGAAAAGUAGCCUGCUGGUACUUCGUAGCUGGAUGGGUUGGUGAAAAGUCAACCAACAACCAACAUCAAACAUAAAACCUGUACACAUCUGUCACUGACAAAUGCACUGAUAAUUUGUUAAAGUUAGUGCAUGUAGCUAUAUCCACCUAGGUAUUGUCAUCACACAUAGCCAAUGUAACUAGCCAGCCAACCUACCCAAUAAAAAGUGCUUGUUACAGAGAAUGGAGCGUUUUGUUGGUAUCCAAUUUUCUCACUUGAUUGCGAGUAAAAAUGUUUUCAACAUCUACUGUCACAUCCCACAGCGCAAAACAUUGAAUGCAAAUUGAUACCAGUCAGUAUCUCCAGAAUCUUUCGGUCAUAAAUAUGGCAGUGUGGUCAUACAGUGAUGUCACAUGAAACAGAUCAAAACAAUGCAAAGCACACAAAGUUCUGAGAACACAUGCAGUGUGCAUCAAAGUGUAAUGUGAUUCUCUUGUAUCAUGGGCACCAGCUGAGCAUAUAUAUUAUGGACAUGUCAGUAUCUUGCAUAAGCAAACAGAAUAGCGUUUAUUUUUUAACAGUGUUUUAUGCACUUUUUUCUUUCUAUAAUGAAGUACUGUACACUAUUUUAAUCUUAAAUGAGACACUAAGAAUAUUAUGAUUCCAAUCCUGAGAGGUUUACCAAAAUUAGUGGGCACAGUUUUUCAUAAUAUACUGUUUAGGUAGGGGAACAAACAUAAAAUAUUUGAGAGAUUGAUCAUACAGCAGUACACAUAGUACCUUUUCAGCACUGGCAGUGCUGUAUCAAGUGGUGUGCAGGCCCAGGGUGGUAUUUUUUGUGGGGCUUGGGCUGAGGGAAUGUGGCCUGCAUGUGGUGUGUGCAUAGAAAUAAGCUGUAGAACUGAAUAUAACCAGCACUCAAAUAACGACAUUCAAAAGCCAUCUUAGCAGGCUGUUCUGUCAGAUCUUCUGCUCAGAUAUAGUGACCAAAGUGCAAACAGUGGGCUCAUGGAUAAUUAAAACAGACACAUCAAAAAUAGAAACAUCACUUUUACCAAUGAUUUUAUUUUGCAAAUAUUAUAAACUGUACCACUGGUUCUGGUAUACAUAAUUAUGUUCACAUUACAUUCAAUACAUAUUCAAUACAUCUUUCAUGUAUUAUUACUCGUAUUUAUUGUGUAACUGUGUGAAAUGUGCAGUGAGUAUAAUAUAAAUCUGUAUAGUAUAACAGUAGAAACGUUAUAUACAUUUUUAUGUUGUAUUUAAUUUUUUUUGCCACAUACUGUAUAAUUUUAUCAUUUGCAUACUAAAAUUUAUAUUAACACCUUCACCUUCACUAAGCAAAUAAAUGCUGCAGUUCUAAAUUAUGUAAUUUUUAUGUAAACGUGUACACUCACCAUCCACUUUAUUAGGAACACCUGUACACCUGGUUACACAGAAUGGUGCAAAAAAACAAUUUUUUUUUUGAUGUUUGAACAAUAACUGAAGCUCUUGACCUGAUAUGCAGUUGUGCAGAUGUUCCUAAUAAAAUGGACAGUGAGUGUAUAUUUGUAAUGUUUUAUUUGAUACAGUCCAUGGUUUUACUAAGAGCUACUUACAAAAUGAAUAUCAUUCACCAGCAAAACUGCAGCUACAUUCAGGUGAUGCUAAAUGUAACUAAAUAUGACAAAGUAAGAGAAUUUAUAACAGUAAGCUGAACAGACUAACUAUAAGUCACUUAUCUUAAACAAAUUCUACACAGUUCCAGAAUAUUCCGCAUAUGAUUCAACAUGAAUUGUUGUGUUUUCAGUAUUUUGCACAAUAUAAUGCAACUUCAAGAUGUAGCAAUGUUUUAUAUAAUGUAAUAAAUACUAUCUGCAAUAAUCA